AUUUCUUGUAUAAAAACCAAAAACUCAAACACAAAAUUAUCAUAGUUCAAUUUAUUUUGUAUGCACAACUUUUCAAUAUACAAAAUGUUUGCAUUUAUAACAAUUGCUACUUUAAUAUCCAUUGCUUUCGCUGCACCACAAUCUGCACCAGCUGCGUCUUCUAAUAGUGAUGCAACAGCUGAAGUGAAAAGCUACACGGAUCAAAUCAAUCCUGAUGGAUCAUUUACUUAUCAAUUCGACACUUCCAAUGGUAUAGUUGUCCAAGAAUCGGGUUCUGCCAAUGGAACAGUCCAGGGAGCUAUUCAAUAUCAAUCGCCCGAUGGUGAACAAAUCCAAUUGACUUAUACUGCCGAUGAGAAUGGUUUUCAUCCUUCUGGUUCCCAUUUACCAACUUCACCACCAAUUCCAGAAAAUAUUGCUAGAUCAUUGGAAUAUAUUCAGGCUCAUCCACCAGCAGAUGAAACAAAACCACAAUAAAAUAUUUGUAAUAAUUUUCUGUUAUUGCGAAUAUUUUGAUAUUGCGAUCUAUUAACCUAGAGAUAAUAAGUUCUGUUCAGUUAUCUAUUAUAAACAUAUCAAAAGUUAAAUAAAUGUUUUUUAUUU